AUGAACCCGGCGUAUCCGAGUGCUCCCAGCGUCCUGGAGUCGCAGCUGACCCAUGGCCUGCUACCGCCCGGACAAAGAGAGGACGGUGACCACAGCGUUGCAGCGAUCCAGGAGGAGUACCUGAGGCACUUGUCGCAGGACCGACUGGUGCAAGGCGGCUACGUUCCGAAUCUGGUGCCCAUUCUCCUUUGGGAUCGACCGGGGACAGGUGCUCGUCGACAAGCUCCACCAGGAUCAGGAGCCGGGCCAGUCUCGGAUCCCUCUCCUACUUCCCGUCUUCGCCUGCCAGUCGGAGAUGCUAUCACACCCGCCGUUGCGAAAACGAAGUCACAGCCGGCAAGUCGGGGUUUCUUCCGUCGCGGCUCGCUGCGAAGCAGCAUCGUGAACAUCGCGGCCGCAGCCCUCGGAGCGGGCGCCCUUUCGCUCCCCCGAGCUAUGUACUACUCAGGCAUUUUGUGGGGGCCACUGCUAAUGAUCAUUCUGGCGGUCUUGUCCAUUAUGAGCAUCCGCCUUAUCGUACAGCUCGUUGAGCUAUCCGGGAAAGACUCCUACGAGGAGAUCGCCAAAGAAGCGAUCGGACCGUGGUUUGCUUUACUGGUCGAGGUUAACAUCGUUUUGUUUUGCUUUGGCACUGCCGUUGCCUACAUGAUCACCGUGGGCCAGGUUUCUCAUCAGGUGCUCGACGCAGCCUUCGGCGAUGCCCCACCCGGGUCAUGGCUUAGUUCCUUGACGCAGUCGAACACCGUGCUGCUGUGGACCACUGCGCUCGUGCUCCUUCCCCUGUCUCUUCUUGACAGUAUAAACGACCUUCGCUUCGCCUCUCUGGCUGGCGUUACUUGCAUCCUGUACCUCAUCCUGGUCGUCCUCUACGUGUUUGCAAAGCAGAGCAUUAGUCCAACGCUGACUGACUCAAACAAUUUCGCUGCUUUGAGUCCCAAGGGUGGCAUCACAGGCUGCUUCAAGAUGCUGUCGCUCUCAAUAUUUGCCUUUUGCUGCCAGCCAAAUGUACCCUCGAUUUACACCGAGCUGGAGCAGAAGAGCUACCAGCGAAUGCAGAAAGUCUCCACACGCGCAAUGCUGCUUUGUUGUGUCGUAUACCUUAUGAUGGGUGUCACUGGCUUCCUGGCCUUCGGUGAAGAUACGCUGGGCAAUAUCUUGGGCAACUUACAGCCUAUGCUCUGUGCGAACGACUGGAUGGUCCGUUCCGGGAUGGCCAGCAUGGCCUUUGCCGUGACAAUGGCGUAUCCGCUCAACAUUUUCCCAAUUCGUUUCUCGGCCCGCUCCCCAAGCCGGAUCAAGAUUCUGCACAAGUUGUCGAUGCACACGUGUUGUUGUUACUGCUGUAAGUAUUGCGUUCUUGCAGAGGCUUGCAUCUUCAAGAGGAAUGAAUUAUUUGAUCUCUCUGUUGUUUUGCAUGCCAUUCCUUGCGGAGUUACAUAG